AUGAUUAAGGGCGGUAUGUGGAGGCCUGAAGAGGAUGGUUACUUCGACUGUACUUUCCGCGUUUCACGAUCCUUAUCAACUGUCUCCAAUAAAUACAUGCACCUCACCAACUACAGCAUCAAUAAACUGGCGGAACAGGAUGGCGUGGCGGACUCACCGGUUCCGAAAUGGCGACUUACCGAACUGUGGAAGUAUUUCGAGAAUGAC